CCCCAGGCACAGGCGCAGUCACAGUCGCAGUCACAGUCACAGUCGCAAUCGCAGGCUGUAAGGCAGCGACGGCAGGAACCACCGCGAACCAAUGUGGAGCGAACCACCGUGGAGCGAACCAAUCGCACCACGGCAACACUGGCGGGUGGCCAGGCACAGAACUUCUGGGAUCGCAGUCCGGAGGCGACCUCGGACUCUGCCACAAACCACUCGCAUCCAGCGUUCAUUGCGGCGACGACCACGAGUUUUACGGUCAGCGAACUGCUCCAGUAAACCGAUUUUUUGGAUGGCAAGUCAAAGCACGGGACUUCGGUUGGCGGUUCGGUUUGAGGCGAGUAAUGCGACAAAUAAAUCUAGGAGAGAUUCCUAAAAUCUAGCAAACUGCAUCUAAUUUAUGUUAAAAUGAUUUCAGAAAUUUUAUUUAUUUUUAACAUUUUACCUGGAUUUAUUUGUAAUUGAAACAAAGCUUGUACUCAAUAACUACAUAAUUCAAUUUUAUUUUUAAUAUAUUGUAAACCCAAUGAAGAGCUAAAAUUGUAUAUAAACCUGAACUUAUUUGUGCAACUGUAGACCCUUUAAGCUAUGCAGUUCUAAAAUCCAUUACUCGCCGCCAGUAAAAAAAACUUUCGUGGAAAAUGCCGUGAAUAAUUAGUUCGUACUCGUAAUUUACUUCCAUAGGAUGCAUCGAUAGGCGUAUGAAUAAAUAAUAAUAAUAAUAAAUGUACUAGUAUUUAGCCCAUGAUUGUUUGCAGCUAAACUUGUUGGUGUUGUGGCUAUGCAUAAUUUAUGCACAGUGCGGAUACUUGAUAAUGUUGCUGUACCACGGGCCGUAUGCGCGAUGCAAUGAAAUCCGAACCGCAAACCGAAAUCUUUCUUGACUUAUCUGCGACUGUAUUAUAUUAAAUAUGUAGGUCACACAUCAAUGAUUCACGCUAAUUAUCGCAAUUAAGCGGAGUAUAUUUAAUCACGAGCAUCACACAAGCACCCGAAUAUAAAUCAUCAAACUGAAUUAAUCGCAGCGGACGGAUAUCCAGAUUCACAGUUGGCAUUAAAGGCCAGGAUCAAAAGUCGAGCAACAUGCACUGCAAAAUCUGUUGUAAGAACAGCCACCCGGCGAAUGCAAUUAAAACCAUCUUAAUUUCUGCAUUAGGUUAGUUUAAAACAAAUGAUAAAAAACCAAAUAAAAAUCAAAAACCAAAAAUCGAAAUAUUGUUCGUGUAUGCAUAGCUAUAUAUACCUAUAUAUAUAAACCACAGAGAAACUGAAACAUAAGUAAAUUCCCGCAAAGGCAAUGUGUAUAAUCGAAUAGACCCAAACACAUUUCCUUAAAUAAAUCGAAAA